GAUAUUCUCAAUGACGCUAUCUUUGACGAAGAUCACGAUGAGAUGGUAAUUGUGAAGGACAUAGACAUGUUCUCAUUGUGUGAGCAUCACCUCGUUCCAUUUGUUGGAAAGGUACACAUUGGCUAUCUUCCCAACAAGCAAGUGCUUGGCCUCAGCAAGCUUGCCAGGAUCGUGGAAAUAUACAGUAGAAGAUUACAAGUCCAGGAACGCCUUACCAAACAAAUUGCAAUCGCCAUCACAGAAGCCUUACAGCCUGCUGGAGUCGGAGUCGUCGUGGAAGCUACGCAUAUGUGCAUGGUAAUGCGUGGGGUACAGAAAAUGAACAGUAAAACAGUAACCAGCACAAUGUUGGGGGUUUUCCGGGAAGAUCCAAAGACCCGUGAAGAAUUCCUGACACUCAUCAGGAGCUGAAACUGUUACUCCCUACCUGCACUCUUGAUUGUUCUGUCCCGUGUCACUGUCUGUUCUUGUUCCUACAUCUCACUUCUAAACGAAACCCGUGUGAAUUGUUGUCAUGGUCUUUGUGCAGAAAGAGGCUUCUGAUGGCAAA